CGGAACGGACGUAUACGGAAUUUCCGAGCCGCGGAAAAUCGCGAGAAACCGGGAGAGAGAGAGUGACCGAAGAAAAUUCCGCGGCGGGGCGGACGAUCGUGUGUGCAUAGGAAAAGUGCAAGUAAUAAUUUGUUAUUGUUUUUCCUUUCAACGAAACACUGGCGAACACCCCAAAAUAGCCCGACAACCUUGCGCAUAAACCCAUUAAACAAAAGAAGCGCAGCCAGGAAGAAAAGUCGAGUGGAAAAACGAAAAAUUGGCGUAUCGUUUAGAGUAAACAAACAAGGUCCGAUUGAGCGAUAUCGAGAUGGACUGGGACAAGCCACCGCCGCCUCCGCAGCCGCCACCGCCGAAGCCCCGACGCACUCGAAUGUCCCGGCAGAAUGUCCUGCACUACGAGUCCCUGCCCACCGCUCCGCCGGCGAUGUGCGGCCGCACGGAGGAGAAUAUCUUCCAGUUUCCGGCCGUGGCCACGCGGGCACGCAAUCUCUCCGCCUCCCCCAAGUUCGAGAGGCGGGAGGCCAAGGACCUGCCCAUUUGCGAGCUGGGCAAGCACUCCUGCUCCAAGUGCCAGCCGUAUCGGGCGGAUCGGGGCACCAUUGAGCCGCUGAAAACUCGUCUCAGUUCCGCCAUCGAGGCCAUGGACGAACUGACCCGCACCUACGUGCUGCUCGAGGGCUUUCUGGAGCACCGACUGACCACCAUCGCCGACAACGAGGCAGGUGAACGGGCGGAGGAACUGGCAGCUUUAGAUGAUGAUGUGCCCUCCACUAGUCAGGCCAUCCGACAGCGUCCACCCACCAAGCCACCGCGAUCCAGCAACACUGACCACCAGUUCGAUCUAGAGCACUCUCUCACCUGGCUGGAGUCCCUAAUGGGCACUGAGGUGGUGCCGCCCUUCAAACAGGGAAAGUUUAAGCGAAUUCGCGAGCGCAGCAAAUCAAUGAUGGACGAGGACCUCAACAUGUUCAUGAAGAGCGAUCGUCCCGGCCUGAAGCUCAGCUCCUCGAGACCAUAUCUCUUGAGGCGGCAGAGCACCUACAGCGACAACAAGGCAAAGGUUUCCAAGUGGACCAAGGUGAAGGCGGCCUUCAAGUGGGAACGGGCCAAUGUGCCACCUUCGGGACCAGGAGCUCCAGAAAAUAAUGUGUUGAUGCCCCUCAACCACGAGGUGGAGAGAUACCUCAAGGUGCCCAUUAGUACGGCAGCAGGAAGCAGUUCCGCGGACAGCAUCAUAAGUAGCUCCUCCGGCCAUAUAAUGAGUGAUACGGGUGGAACUCCUGGUACCAUAAGUUCGGCCAGCUCGAUGGAUGAUCUUGAGGCGGCCAGUCGACAGAACUAUCGUCGCGAUUCUUCUAAGAGUGAUACGCGUUGUGAUUCCCGCAACUCCAACUUUGAGGUGGAGUUGCGCAAAUCCUUUACAGACGAGCGCCUGGACAAUAUCAAAUCCUCCGCACCUCCAUUACCGGCAAAGUCCUCUUCCAGCAAAUCGCUGCGAAGAUCCAAGGCCUUCUCGGACUUCGAGGUUCUGCCAGAGGAUCAUGUGGCGGAGAUUAAGGCCACCAGCAGCCGGCGGCAGAAGUUGCCACCGAGUCCACUGAAUCUCAACCAGGUGAACCAGAUAUACAGUGAUCUGCCGCAACUGCACUCGCCCCUGAAGAGUCCCAAGGAUUCGCGCAUGCGUCGUGUCCACUCGCCGGGAACCUCCUCCGUGCCUAGCAGUCCUUCCAGGCAAUCGGAUUUCUUCGGUGAAUUUGAGAGCGAGGAUCUGUCCAGUGGGGAUUUCUCGGAGCCCACUACGCCAAACUAUUCGGAGUUUAAGCACAAGCAACGCGAGUUGGAGCGUUCCAGCGCCAGCAAUCGCAGUAUCAAACUGGGCAGUGGAGCCACAGCCGGCGGAGGAUCCGGUAGUGGAAAGCGGAGUAGCGAGGAGCACUCGCCCACCCAACUGCUGCACAACGAACUCAUGUCCACCGCCCAGUUGGAACAGAAUCUCACGCCGCAGUUCAAGAAGAAGCUGCACAAGUGGCGGGUGAAGCAGCAGAAUUGCUCGGGAGGAUCGUAUGCCUCUUUAGAACCCGCGGCCAGUCCCACGGCCAAGAGCCAAAGUGGCGAGGUCAAGCCCAAGAUCGACUGGAACCUGUGGAGCAUGGGUCAGGUGAAGCUGGAGGGUCAGGGUCUGUGUGCCUUGCCGGAUCAAAAGGAUUUGCCCGAGAAGUUCCAGAAGAAGUUAGAGCAAUGGAACCGCUUAAAGUGCGCUCCUGGUGGCGGCACCACCUCCGACAAUGACUCCCUUAAACGGGGGGCCAAGCACAGUCAGUCUGCCAGGCGGGGAUCGGAUGAUGAUCGAUGGUACAAGCACAGGCCGCACGACAAAGAGAAAUUGUCCCGCCUGAAAGCCAUUGUGGUGCCGGAUCACACCAAGAAGAUCGAGGUCAAGACCUCCGAUGGCGAGGUGAUGAAGUUCGAGGGCAUCUCGAGGAAGUUCACCCGGAAGCUGUACGAGUGGGAGAAGGCCAGGGGCAUUGGGCCGGAGGCCUCGACCUUUGCCCUGCUGCAUCCGGGCUACUGCCCCAUCGAUGUGAGGCGCAUCAACAAGGAGUGCAAUAAAGCGGAUCACUCGCCCACGCUCAGUCGCUCCCUUUCGCUGGACAGCGUGUCGCCCAACUGCAAUCUGGCCCAGGCCAUCUCCCAGCAGGCCUCAUCCCUGUCCCUGAACGACGUCAACGAUCUCAAGGAGAUCGAGGGCAGCACCGACGCCCUCGCCGACCACGAGUUCAAGAAGUACGACGAACCGGAGGCGGUGAUGGUCGAGGUGGAGGAGCACAUCCACGACACCGCCUCGCCACUGGUCACCGCCCACACGCUGGUGGAGCAGCAGACGCCCAUCUACAAGUACGAGGAGGUGCAGUGCAACGACUAUGUCAACUCGCGUCGCGUCCAGAGUUUCGAGUCGCACACGAAUCUGGCCCCCUUGCUGGGAGCACUGAAACGUGCCGAUGAGCUGUUUGGCCAGCUGAAGAAUGCCUCGCCCGAUCUGCUGGAACACCCGGCCAUGCGGGACUGCCAGGCCGCAUUGCUGAGCAUUCGUGGCAUUUAUCCAUACUACUCCAAUAACCUGAUGAAGGCGGGCGUGCUCAACGCCAUAUCCGAUGUCCAGAGUGAACUGGGACGACUGGCCGAGUUGAGCCAGAAGUCACCCUUGGAUGAGGCCUGUUGCCAGGAGACAAUGCAAGAGCGAGCACUGGAGUAUCUGGAGGAGCUGCAAGGACUGCAUGAAUCCCUGCAGUGUCUCAAGCUGAGCAUACAGGGCGGAACCAAUCGCUAUCCCCGAGACAUUGUGCCCGAUAUCAACAUCACCAGCGAGGAUGGCCAACAGUUGGACUCCAGUUCUGCCUAUGCCACCUGCGACAAUUCCAGCCGAGAUCGCUUGGCCCAGGACGACAACAGUGCCAGUGCUGCCUCGCCAAUGGAGCAUGAAACGGAGACCAGCACCACGACGGGCACCUUGUGCCGCUCCAGCCUGCCCACGGUGAUGGUGAAUGCCAAUCCGGGUGGCGUUACCAAUGGUAUUACCAAUGCAAGUGCCUGUGCCAAGAAGAAACUGCUGCGGCUGCGCAAGAUGGGUUCCCGGCAGAACAGCAAGACGGAGAGCGACAGCAGUGAUGCGGAUACCCACUCGGUGAUGGAGACGCCGCGUCGAUUGCGCCGCAAGAACUUCCGGCUGAAGCAGCGCUCCUUGGAUGACGACUUCCGGUUGAGUUCGACGGCCAAUGAACAGGAGAUUCCUGUGGGCAGGGAAGAUAUUGUCUACGGUUCGCUGAAGGUCAAGCCGGGCGAACUCAUUGAGCAGAGCCAGUGUGUGGCACCUGCUCCACUGGUCCUUAUGGCCCCGGAUCCACCAAUAUCUUCCUCGGCAUCCAGCACUCCCCUUACUUCAACCACUCCUUCUUCGUCGGCAGUUACACCACCCACCAAACUGGGUGCCUUUAUUCCCCCGCCUCUGACGGAUUCCAAUCGACCAUUCAACACCAAUGCCAAUGUCUUUGUGAAGACCAAACGGAAAAUCUUCACCACCAUCCCAGAACCAAAUGCCUCGGAGGGCAUAGCUGUGAUCGAAAAGGAAUUGGACAGUCCCCCAGAGGAGUUAAGCAAGUCGGGGAAGUCAAAGUGUCCUCCCAGACCACUUAGUCUGUAUAAAUCCAUUAGUUUGGAGCGGUUAAAGCAGCCGCCUCUUAAAGAGGACUUGCGCAAGUGCCAGAGCAGUGAGACCUUCCAGCGGGGAUCCCUCUUUGUGCCACCUCCUCUCGCCAGCGAUAGCAUCGAGAGAUUGGCGGAGUCCAGGAAAAACCAGGAGCUAAACAACCCGCCAGUGCCGCCGCGGAAAGCUCACCUCUACAAGAAGAACUCGCUGCACAAAUCGCACAGUGCGAAUGCCAGCAACAAGAUUGAGCACAAGAUAGCCAAGACCAGCUCUGGGCCCAGUUUCUCCAGGGUGCAUCCUCCACCACCGGCGCCUGUUCCUCUGACCUUGCCCAAUAGAGAGGACAACACCCUACCACGUAUCCAGCGAAAGCAUCCCAAUACGCCCACCAAGGCCAAGCAGUUUGAGUUCCCGCCACCGCAAACUUUGACCUCCGAACGUCCAGCUACUCCGCUUUCCGAGAGGGCCAUUCGCCUUCAGUUGGCCAAGGCACAGUUCCUGCAAAGUGCUCCGGUCACUCCUCGUCAGGAACCCCAAACACCUAGCAAGGCAACGGAAACUGUGGUGCUGCAAAAGAGCAUCAGUGCGGGCAGCAUGAGAGGAGGAGCAGCUGUCCCAGAAGCAACCAGACAUUAUCAUGAGGUAUCUACGGAUCAGGAGAGUGUGGGCAACUCCAGCGCUUACGACAGUUUGCCCAGAGCUGUCAGCCGGAGUGCCAAGAUCUCCAGCAAACUGGGAUUCGCCACGCUCACCUCAAAGUUGCGAAGGGGCAACAAGAAGCCCAAGCAUCCACCUCCAAGUCCGGGAAGCGCCCUAUCCGCCCUCUGUCGGCAAACCCUAAUGGCCGAUGUCAUACCCCAGGCUUUUGGAGCGGAGAAGCCACCACCUAGUCCCACGGGAAGGAAUGUCUCCAAGUCCCAGAGCACGCCGCAGGCUGCAGGUCCUUCGACGAUCAAUCUCGAAGUAAUCCCCAAGUCCCUGAGCGAGCAGUAUGUCCGCCAGCUGAAGGAGAGCGACGUCUAGUCAGAGUCCCCAGUCUCAAGUCCAGAAUCUAGUCAUAGGAGUAAAGUCGAUGUCCGAGGUCAAUGAGUGCAUUUUAGGGUAAUCCCACACGAUUGCUAUUGAAAAAUUAAAAAAUAUCGUAAAUUAUAU